CCUUUUACUCUCUUUCUCUUUCUCUUUCUCUUUCUUUGCCUCUCUCUCUCUUUCGGUCUCUCUCAAUAUAGUUGUCAAUACAUCACAACAAUUCAUUCAUCACUGAGUUCAGAUCUGAUCAAUCCCAAUUCUCUCCACUAUGGCUGAGAAGGUCACAACAAUGGUGUUGAAGGUUGACCUUCAGUGCUCUAGCUGCUACAAGAAGAUCAAGAAAAUUCUUUGCAAAUUUCCUCAAAUACGAGAUCAGAUUUAUGAUGAAAAGCAAAAUACGGUGACGAUCGUCGUAGUAUGUUGCAGCCCUGAGAAGGUUCGUGACAAAUUGUAUUGUAAGGGUGGGAAGACAAUCAAGUGCAUUAUGAUGAAAGAGCCCUCGAAGCCCCCCAAGGAGCCCGCGAAGCCCCCUAAGGAGCCCGUGAAGCCCCCCAAAGAGCCCGAAAAGCCUCCUAAGGAGCCCACAAAGCCGCCUAAGGAGCCCGUGAAGCCCUCCAAAGAGCCCGAAAAGCCUCCCAAGGAGCCCGCAAAGCCCCCUAAGGAGCCCGUGAAGCCCCCCAAAGAGCCCGAAAAGCCCCCACCAUGUCCCCCUGCUUUUGUACCAGCUUUUGUACCAGUUUGCUACCCACCAAUGUAUCCGGUUGGGAUAUGUUGUGGGCAAUGUUAUGAGGGCCGUACUGAUGGGCCAUGUUAUCAUGGGCAUGGAAGGCCAGUGCCACCCUAUGAUAAUUAUGGAUAUGGGCCUUCUGGUUAUGUUGGGCAUAGGGAUUAUUAUACUAGUCGGUGUGAUUACUUUAGUGAAGAAAACACCUCAGGAUGCACAAUCAUGUAAUGCUAGUGCUUUGUCAUGUCCAGGAUUUUUUAUUCCCUUGCUUAAAAAAUGUUCAAUUAGUUUUGGGUGUAUGUGGGUUUUUUAUAUAAAGGUUUUUACAUAUAUAUAGGUACAAAAAAGGAUCAACAAUGAGGUUGGUAGUCUAAUGUUUGUGGCCAAAUGGUUAUUGACAUUGAGGUCACAUACGAUGUAUGAUUUGUCUUUAUAAUAAAAAAAAAAAAGGGUCCUCAUUAAUCAUUUCCCACUA